AUGGCUUCAAGUGAAAUAGGAUCUGGUUGUUAUACUGAAUGUCUUGCCAGUAUAGUAGAUCAAAUGUGUCGUAAAUCACCUUAUUCAAGAACUGUUCAACUUUUCAGUCUUGUAAAUGAUUCAAAUAAAAAUAAAAUGCAGAAUUUUACUUGUCAGUUGGUUUCAGUUUUAAGAGGACGAAUAAUUCCUUAUAGUCUCCGAAGGCUGCUAUGGCCUCUGGCAUUAUUCACAGUUUCCAAUUGGGCUAGAUCAGAAUUUGAAAAUAAAAAUGAAACUAUUUGGGAUGGACCAAGAAUGAGGCAACUGGAAUCCUUGGCUCGUGAAAGUUUCGGUACAAUGUUGGCUUCUGGGACUUCAAAACUGGGACUAACAACUCCAGUCCACUCAACACUUGAUGGCGUUAUUAAUAAGGCUGUGAAAGAAAUAACGCUGGAACUUCAAACAAAGUUUUUGAAUCAACCAAAACAGUUUAAACGAUUCAGUGAACAAUCAGGAAGAAUUCUGAAUGUUCUCUAUUCUGCUAGACAAAUAUAUGAUAGACUAUAUAUUUAUUGGCUUCUUCCCCUUCAUUUUGCGCUAACAAAAAAUCAUAUUUACGCUUUAAUUAAACAUUUUCCAUAUAUGCCAUCAAAAGAAUAUAUCACUUCAAACGACGAAGGUGUACAAAUCUACUCGUUUGCUAUGUGUUUGAGUUCAUUCAUAGAAAUAGUCAAUAAAAAGUAUGGACUAUAUGAUACUUUUGUAAAAAGUAUAAUUGAAAAAACUGUGGAAAAAUUGAAACAUCUCAAAUUUUUUGAACAUAUCAAAAAUGUAUAUACACAAUCAAUUUUUCAAAAUUCUACUUCAACACCCAAUGAUAGUGAUAGUUAUUCAAAUUUCAGUCUUUUCGUUGGUUCUGUCAGACCCGUAGCUUUGCUGUUCUUUUGGGAUCAACUAUUUCUGAAUACAUUCGAAUCUGAUGUCAUCAUUGAAUUUGCUCAAACAAUUCUAACAUUGCUCGGUUCAGAUAUUUUACAUCUAAAUAACAGUGACGACAUUGAACACUUACUGAAAUUUGGACCGAAUAAACUUCUUACUUUGGACAUAAUUCGAACGUGGAAUGUGAUUCAUUUUAAUAAAGCUGUUAAUGAUAGAUAUUAUGGAUUAAAUAGACUUUCUGGGGAACUGAUAUCUAAAAAGAAGCCUACUCAGAUACAGAAAAAGACGGAACCAUAUUUCUAUCUACCAGAAUUCGCUAUUCAUCAAAUUACUGUAGCAACUGCUACAGACUCAAAAGAGAUUUACCCUUAUAAACUUUGGGAAAGAAAAGCUGACAGCCUAGUUGAACAAGGUCACAGUCCAGACCCACUACCUGAUCCUUCAUGGACGUCAAACCACCUACUAAUUCCAUUCAGCCAUUUAUUUUACUACUUUUUCCCAAUUAAUGUUUCAAAAACUGGUAAAUGCAAAACACCUCAGCUGUUAAAUGGAUCUCGAAUCUCCCUUCAAAUUUACAAUCCUAGGUUGGAGAUGGUACCAAAAGUUAUACACGAACCAACUGUCUAUAUAACUAGACAGAUUCAAGUCACAGAAUUGAGUGGGAAGACUUCAUACGAUGCAACAGAUGGAGGAUAUUUUGAGGGUGAACAAGUUGAUGAGGAGAAAGUUGAAGAAAUAGAAGAACCAAGUCCACCAGCUACUCCUCUGGAUGAUCCAUGGGUUGCUUUCAAAAAGCCUGCACAAUAUGAAAGACGAAUGAAACCUCCAUCCACAUCUGAACCUUUGUGUGUUUACAUAGAUCAACUACGCUUCAUGCCAGAUAAUUCUACUAUCUUCAAGGUUACUGGAAGACUACUUAAUACAAAUUACGAUGAAGAACUGCUUGAUAUCUUAAUUGUACCAGAAGAAACUUCUUCCAGCAAGAAUAACAGCAGAUCACCAGUAUUUCCUUCAGAUCGACGUUUCAUUGUCAAUCUGAGACAAGAUAAGACACUAGCAAACAAUUCUCUACUGUUUCUGAGAGUAUACACGUUAACACUAAACACUCUCGAAUAUUGUGUUGUUGGGAAUGCUUUGUUGAAGAUUUUCAAUGCAGAUGGAUUACUUAAUAUUGGUGGACAUCAGCUUCGAUUGAGGUGUGAAUUACCAAAACCCAUUUCUCAAAAAAAUAAUGAAUAUAUUUAUCUAGAAACAGCAUUGGAUAAUUCACCCUACAUACAUUGUUCAACGAUUCUUGUUCGUCUUUUACCAUAUACAAAGAAACCAAUACCAGCACCAGAAUACAGACGUAGAUCAUAUCAUUCGGACGACUCCAUACCUACAGAAUUUGAAUGGGUUGUAUACCGUCAAUUUCAAGCUGAUGAAAAUAGAAAAAAGGAUAUUCGUUCAGUAGUGAAGAUGAUUUUACGACGUGAAGGUGAAUUUGAUUCUUCCAAGGACCAAACCGACUUCUUGAAUCCUGACUAUCUUUGUCGUUAUACCCUUGAACGACUGCUUUUGAAACGAAAUAGAACAGGAAAUGGUAUACCCAAUCAAAUGUUUUCAGUCUUCCCAUUUUUCUAUCGCAUAAAUGACGGUUUCCUGUUGAACUUAAAAUAUGCUAAAGGACUUAUGGCAAAAAGAGGCGAUUACAUUUUUGCAGUAGCAAAAAUAGUCCGUGGCUCUGAAACCAUAUCAACACCUGUAAAUAAAUUCUACGGUUAUGGAAGUGACGAUGACUUACUAUUUGAUAAACUCAAUGCUACAUCAUACAUUGGGAAUCCUGUUUGGAGAGACUCACCUCAGUUAAAAACAAAAGUGGAAGUGAAUUGUAUUAAACCUGACGAACUGUAUCAUAAUAGCGACACAUGA